AUGCGUUCCCAGUCCAUCCUCGUCGCCGCUCUGGCUGCCUCCGUCUCCGCCCACGGCGUUGUCAUGUCUGUUGAUGGUGCCAACGGUGUCACCAUGCCCGGUCUUACCAUCGCCGACGGCACUCCCCGUGACUGCUCCUCCAACGGCUGCGGCUCUCAGGCCGACACUGCCAUCAUCCGUGACCGCGAGAUUGCCUCCGGCGAGGUCGGCCCUCUGGGCCGCACUCAGGGCAACGGCCCCGUCAGCGCCGAGGCCAUGAUCAACAACUUCAUGGGCGGUGCCGCCGCUCCCAAGAACAACGGCGCCGCCUCCUCCGCCGGCGUCGAGGACAACAUCCCCAACAACGCCGCCAAGCGCGCCGAGCUCCACGUCCGCCAGGGCCUCGCCGGCCUCUUCGGCGGCGGUGGCAAGAACAAGGGCAACAAGCAGAACGGCCCCCCCGAGGCCCGCGUCGCCGCCACCGCCGGCAUGGGAGCCUCCCAGGGCAUGCCCACCUGCGCCGAUGACGGCACCAUCACCAUGACCUUCCGCCAGAUCAACCAGGACGGCGCCGGUCCCAUGACCGCCGACGUCGACGGCACCUCCGGCGGCACCAAGGAGGAGGCCUUCCAGAGCGCAAAGGUCAUGCAGGACGUCCCGGGUCUCGGCGUCCAGGGCCUGUCCCUGGCCACCAACACCGACUUCCAGAUGAAGGUCCAGAUGCCCGCCGGCAUGACCUGCGACGCCACCGUCGGCAUGGCCACCAACGUCUGCGUCGCCCGUGUCCGCAACGGCGCCGCCGCCGGCCCCUUUGGUGGCUCCGUCGCCUUCACCCAGACCGCCGCCGGCCGCAAGCGUGCCAUCGCCUACCGCCUCAAGAAGCGCAUGGAGCUCAACAACCGCGCAUAA